UUACGGUUUGUUGACAGUCAUUUUUGUUCAUAUUAUUGUUUACACAAUUUUUUAUUCAGUGAUAUUAACAACUCAUUAAAGACAAUCAGUUAAUAACCAUAACCUCAAAACACAAUCGGAUCACGUGACAAAUCUUUUCUUUGUCUUAAUUACGUGUAUGGUUAUUAGACAUUAAUUACAGUUUUUAUUGCAGGACGUCUUGCAGCUUCCCGCCCCUGCAUUUUGUUGUGCUUAAAAUAAACUCAAUCAAACUUUGUCUUUCAGAUAUGAUGGAAAGACAUGAGAAAGUGUUGGCUUCAAAGAUGGUUGUAACAUGUGAAUGCUGCAGAUCGUGUCAUCGACACGAAGGAAUAUAUUCCACCACACCACAUUUGAGGGACGCACCAUCGCUAUUGCGGAGGGUACCUGUCAUAUGCAGUGCACGCAGUGACGACUCAGUCGUACGAAGAUUGUCUGAUGAAGACUUUUUUAAAGAGUAUUCAUCGCAUGAAAAGUGUCCAGUGGCUACACGUGAAUAUCAACUUUCCUCACCAAUGUAUCGAGAUGUAUCACCAACCUACCAAUCGAUUUCACCUAGCUACCGAUCUACAUCACCUAUCUACGGCCCUCUAUCUCUUAGCUAUCGAGCUGGCUUGUCUACCAAUCAACCAAUGCGACCUAAACUUCGAUCACCUACAUACAAAGAUCUUUCAACAACAUAUAGAUCGAGGUUGCCGUCGUUUUCUCCUUAUGAAAGAUUGAGUACAACACGAGAGGAAGAUCUAUUCCAGCAUUCAUCAGUACAAUAUAAAACUCAACAACUAACAGUUCUUUAUAAUGAGCAAAACAACAACAAUGAUAAUAAUACGAGAGAUAAUGUGUUAAAGAAUCACCACAAGAAAGACAUUCCUUCUCCCAGUUUUAACUCUGCUCUAUCUCCCAUUCAUUCACUGCACUUGAAUACUCGAUUUGUGUUUCCUCCUACAAGCCAUAUUCAAUCCAGUGAACUCCGAGCGAGACUUGGAUCCGGCGCCUCAUCAGCCGACUACAAUGUAUCGCCUGGAAUAUCAAGAGGAAUACGAAAACGUCAAAGAACGAUUUUUACGCCAAGUCAGUUACGAAAGUUAGAGGAGAAGUUUAAAGAAUGCAGUUUCAUUGUUGGUGAAGAUAGACAGAUGUUAGCUAAAGAAUUAAAGCUGAAGGAACAACAAGUCAAAAUUUGGUUCCAAAAUCGUCGCACGAAAUGUAAACAGUCAGGCACCACGAUUGAUGUGAAUGAAGAAAGUAAAAAUCCAACAACUGAAAAUUAACAUCAAAAUGUUUGGGAAACUUCAUCUUAAUAAUCACUCUGUUUUAAAGAGUCCUUUGUAAAAUUAUGUACAUAAAUAAGAGUCUUAGAAUAAGCCUUCGUAUUAGCUUUUGUGUUUUUUUUUUGCGUCCCCUAUUACUCCUAAUUGUAUACAAGACUAUAAAAAACCUGUAAGAGGGGCAGGAAUGCGGGCGUGAUAGAAGUAAGGUGAUAAUGUUAAAACAUAUCUUUGUUGUUCAAUUUCAUCAAAAGGAACGAAUAAUAAACUUGUUAAUAAAGAAAUUUGUUUUCGUCUUUUGUUCAGACGAUGCCGUUUUAGUCGGAGCAAAAUCAUUUCACUUUUUGUAUCGAAACGGACCUCAUUCGUUUCACAUAUCGGAUAGGCUCAGUUUCGUGUUAGCA